GUUCAAGCUUCGGCGGCAAGGAGCCAACGUUGAAGAAAGCAGCGAAGAACAUGGACCGCGCCUGCAAGUGUGGAGACCCCAAGUGCGUUUGCACGACCCAGUGCAAGUGCUCAACUGGAGGAUGCCCUUGUGGCAAGUGCAAGAAGUAGGAGAUUCAUAAUGGAGGGAGGCCAAGCCAUGAGUAGCAUUCUGCACUCGGCCCUACAGCGGUUGGUGGCCCGGAGCCCCAUCCAAAUUUCGGUUCGCUUCUGGGAGCGGAGAAAGUACAUCAGGCGCUACGGCUACGAGAGUCCGCUCUUGCCCCCUGGGUACCUGCCACGGCUGCCGAAGGAAAAAGAAAAGCUCAGGACUCAGCCUGUCUACACACCCAAGGAUGCCUGGUGCGAGCGAAGAGCCCUGUUUGGCCAGAAUGACUACAUCGACAUCCUGGGCAAUGGCAACCUGAAGCCAGUCCACAUCAUGAGGGGAGUGCCCGGCUGGCUGCAGGGUUUCCAGGGCAACGAGUUCCAGAUGCUGCUGCGCAAGAGGCAGGUCGUCAACCACUGGCGCCAGACGCGGCCCACUGACUUCCACAAGCUCCAGAAACGCAUCCGGUGGCUGUACAAGGUGCUGAACCACAGGACGCGUUCGACCUGAUUUACGCGGGCAGAACUCUAUAGCUUUGAACUGUAGUUAUGUAAUAAAGCGGGACUGCACGUUAAUGCUAUUUUGGCUUUGCGA